UUCUGCUUCUCGGUACCGUGUAUUGUGUGCCUGCGAUACGUGAUACGUGAGUGAACAUUAAAGUGUAAAUAUUAUUUUAUUCAUUUUUCGCGCUGACAAAAAGAACUCUACGAAUAAACGUCACCAAUUCUGUAAAAAAACAACAAUAAUGCCGACCUACGAGAUGCCAAUUCUAUUUCGUGUUAUGACACGCCCUGAAGUUGUGUCAACGCUGAAAAGAGUUGCGUCAGCAAUAUUCAACAAAGGUGGUUUUAUCAGGAAAAUUGAUAAUUUGGGCUUGCAGCCUACGCCCUACAAAACCAAAGCCCACGGGCAUAUUCACAGAGAAGCAAACUAUUUCAUUUUACACUUUGAUGUUCCACCAUUGUCGCUGGAAGACAUAAAUGAGGAAUACUUACGUGACAUUGAUAUCAUUAGAGCAAGAAUAUAUAAAAAAGAAGAAGAGCCUAUGCCGCCAUGUACUUUGCAUACGGAGAUAUUGCCUCCCGCUUACAGGCCAAGUGUGCAAAAAAUGGUGGAAACUGCAAGGAAACAGUCCAGAAAUAAACAUGCAUGGAACAGUCACUCUGGACUUCAUUACUAUCCUUUCCAGAGAUAGUUUGCAAAAAAUCAGGAAAUAAAAAACAAUGUGUAUAUCGUAGCUUAUUGUAUGAAAUUUUGUCAAAUAAAACACACUAAAAAGUAA